AUGGAUUUCGAUAAUACCCAUUCACAAGUUAGCUAUUUUGUAUUAUUAUCCCUAUAUGCUUUAACUCUUCAACAACUACAAAAUCAUACUGAAAAAAGUACUAGUAGUCAAAUUAAAAAAUGCUCCGAAACACCACAAAUUAAUAAUAUUUCAGUAGCCUCAAAUGGGUCUCCAGUUAAAAAUAUAGUGGAUGGCGUUUCAGAAUUUUACUUCCACACUACAUAUAUAAGAUAUUUUAUGGAGGCACAUAAUUGUUUUUUAAAGAUAGAUGAGAAAUUAAUAAUUGAUGGAAACAAAUAUCAAAGUAUAAUAAGUCAAGCAUUAUCAUCUACUUUAGAUUUUAAAAGUGGGUUCUCUUUAUUUAAUGCCAAAAGUUUUUAUAAACUAUUAAGUUUAGAUGCAUGUAAAUCCAAGCUUUUAAUUUAUGAAAUAAACAAAGAUAGUAAUAAUAAUAGUAUCGAUAAUAAUAAUACAAAAAAUAAUAAUAAUAAUAAUAAUGAUAAUAACAACAAAAAUAAUAAUGAAACUGAUAAUUCAAAUUUAAAAGCUAUAUCAGAUGAAGAAUUAAGUGAAGGUCUGAUUAUAGAUCUGGAAACAAUUAAAGAUUUAUUAAACAAAUCUCCUCCUAGAAACUCCAAAGAAAAUUCACCCAAUAACUCCUAUAAUAAAAAGAGAACACUCAGUGAAAAAGAAUGUGAAAAUAAAAUAAUUAACAAUACUCCAACACCCAAAGUUUUAAAGUCAUCUGAAAACUCAUCACCAAACCAAAAUUUAGUUAUAAAUAAUACCAAAAAUUUUGAUAUACAAAAUAAUAAUAAUAAUUUAGAAACUAAAGACAAUAAUAAUGGAAAAGAUAUAAACAAUAAUAACAUUACAAUCAAAAAUGAUAACAACCAUGUAAAUACUUGUAACAUCAAUAAAAUCAGUAAUAAUAAUGUUAUUUUAGUAGAGGAAAAUGAUCAUGGAUCACAACAAAAUUCACCCAAAGAAUCACAAACCCAACCCUUUUUAACCCCAACACUGUCCCCUCCCCAAUCGCCUUCUCAUAAACCAAAAGUGCCCCAAACUACUCCCCCUCUUUUAUCAUCUCCACAUUUUCAAAAUCCAUAUCCAGUACUUCACCCGCAAUAUCACCAAUACCAUCAACAAUUUCAAAAACAUAUAAUACAUCAACAAGAAUUAUUACAAAAGAAUCAACAGUACCUAUAUAUGCAGCAAACAAAUAACAAUAUGAAUAAUAUAAGCUAUACUAAUAACAAUUAUAAUAUUAACAAUAAAUUCAAUAAUUAUAAUCAUCUUUCGUAUAUCGAAGAGGAAAUUAAAAAACUCAAUGUUAGAGAAAUGUUUAAAAGAUACGAAAAAGCAAUUUUAAAUACUCACAAUUUUUUUAAUAUUUUCAAUAGGAUUGACCAUAAUGAGGAAGUUUUUUUAAAGCUAGCUAUUCCAUUGUCCCGAGAAUAUACAAGAUUUAUGUUAUUGAUGGCAAUUGACACAAUAUAUAAAAGUGUUGAAAUAGAUAUAUUUAACAAUUACAUUAAUGGAGAAAGAAUAAGUCUUCAGCCACCACCUUUAAUAGAAAAAUUUUUAACCAUUCAUCUAAUAAACAAUGGAGACUAUAAUAAAUUUUGUAGAUUAAUUUUUAAACAGUUUCCAUCAAAUAUUAUAUCACAUCUUCACCCUGAUUUAAUUAUUUUAAACGAUCAAAACGCAGUAUCAGAAGAAAAGACAAUCCAAAGAAAGAGAUAUGAAAAAACUUUAUAUUUAUACAACACUUUUUUCAACAAUAUUACAAAAAAUAAUAAUUUUAAUAAUAAUAAUAACAAUAAUCAUCAUAAUAAUAACAGUCUCAAGAUGAAUAUAAAAUUAUUUAAUAGCAAUUUUUUCAGUGAUGCUAAUAAACACCAAUUUAAAGAUCCAUUUAAAGAUGCCACAGAUAGUGAAAAGGAAAAGAAACAAAAUGAAAAGAGAAGCACUAUCCCAUGCCUUCCAACAAUACUUAGUAUGUCCAAAAAAGAAAAUCAAAAUAUUUCAUCAAAUGUAAAUAUUGUUAAAAAUAGUAUUAAAUUACUAAAUAAAACCAAUAGUGAAGCUGUUAAAGAAGGUUCCCCAAUUGCUGUCAAUAAUCAUAAAAAUAGUAUGGAAAUACAAAAUAAAACCAAUAGUGAUGCUGAUGAAGAGGGUUCCCCAAUCGCUGUCAAUGAUCAAUUAAAAAAAAGAAGAAACUGGCAAAGAUCCUUAUCUGAUCUCCAAAUGAACAACUACAACACGAUGGUAUCUUUUAAUUAUAUUUAUGAUUUUGAUCAAAAGCCAUGUGGAUGUCUUUUGUGCAAAAAUAACUACACCAUUCCUGUAAAUACCCAUGUAUUAACAAUUUUAAAGGUUGUAAUUUAUAUUUUAGUGGAAUAUAAAAACCAAAGAGCCACUCCACGAAAAUCAUCAACCAAUAUACCUACUGCCAAUGCUGAUGUUGAUCAAAAUACUUCCAAACAAUAUCAAUCUCAAACAGAUGACAUCCACGAAUAUGCCCAUCUCAUGUUUAUAAGAGAGUAUUUAGCUGUACAUAGAGCUAUUUUUAAUCUUUCUCCAUAUGAAAAAGAAAAAAAUCUUAUCAAUAGUACUCUUAAUUCAAACCAAAUAGUUUUUAAAAGUGGUAUGGAUGUAUUCGGGGCACGUGGUUUUUAUAAAUUAAAUGAAAAUAAAAGUGCCCAGUUUUUUUUAGAAAACCUUUUAAAUAAGAAAAAUGAAAUAAAAAAUAAAGAUAAUAACUCAGUGGUCAAAUCCAAUAAUGAAGGUAACAAUUUAAAUCUAAUUAGAAAAAAAUUGGAUGAAAACAAUCAAGAGAUUCAACCAUCAUAUGAAGUUAAAACAAACCUCACAGUAAAUAAUAGCUACAAGGGAAAAAGAAAACCAAGUAGUGAACCAUCAUCAGAUGACCUUUCAUGUGCCCCCGUAAUUAAAGAUUUAAAUACUACUUAUUAUAAUAGUUAUGAAAUGAACAUUAGAUAUCAGAACUCUAAAAUUAGACAUAAUACUAACCACUCAAAAGUGAAUUUAUCAUUAGAUAUAAACUUUAUGGAAGAUAGAACCUUUUCAUUAAGAAGUAUCUUAAAUGAUUGCUUUUAA